AUGGAGAGGCUACUGCACCUCCGCACCUUCCCCAAGCUGCCCUGCGACUACGACCUCGCGACUGCCAGCGCCGACGGCGUCGGAGGUCUGGAGGUCGAGCCGCCAGCACCCGGCUGCGCCACCCUCACCCUGCACACCGCCACCCGCGACGCUGGCUGCUCCUCCCCCUCCGUCAGCCUGACUGUGGAUCAGUACGGUCUGGGCCUGGUGGCCGGCGCCACCUGCAUCGACGCGCCGCAGCCGCUGGCGGCCUCGGUGCUGGUCACAGCCGGCGGCGUCCCUCUCGUGUUUUACGAGGUGGAGCUGGGCUAUGUGGGUCCAUCUGUAGACCUGACCCAGCGGGUCAACGUGCGGCACUUCCGGCAGGUGCCGGCCAGGUUCCUCACAGGCGGAGCCCUCACAUGA